GGCUACAAAUCCAAGUUUGUGAAGCUGAAGCAGGAACUGGAGCAGCACUUCCCGGGAGCCCUGGACGUGAGCGGCCAGGGCACCCCGGAGGUGACGGGAUGGUUUGAGGUGACCGUGGGGGGACGCCUGGUCCACUCCAAAAAGAACGGCGAUGGCUUCGUGGACAGCGACUCCAAACUGCGCAGGAUCCUGGCCGCCAUCGAGUCCCAGCUGGCCUAGGCCCCGCUGGGGGGGGGGGGCUCUGUCGCGACAUGUCGCGAUAUAACGCGAUAGAGCAGGAGAUAUCUCUGGGUAUCGCGGUAUAUCGGGGAGUAUCAAUGAAUAUCGCGAUAUAGUGGGAGAUCUCGGCAGAUAUCGGCCGAUAUAUCGCGAUAUAUCAGGAGAUAUUGAUGGGUAUCGCCACGUAUCGGGAGAUAUCAAAACAUAUCUCUGGAUAUCGCGAUAUGUCGGGAGAUGUCGCUGGAUAUCACGAUAUAUCGAGGGGUAUCGGUGAAUAUCAGGAGGAGUCACCAGGUAUCGGGAGAUAUCACGAUAUAUCGGGAGAUAUCGCGAUAUAUCGGGCGAUAUCGCCGGCUAUCUGUGGCUAUCGGGACAUGUCGCGACAGCGCUGCCCCCCCCAGCCCCAGCCCCCCCCGCGCUCCAUGACGGGAAUCGCCGAAACGCCGCCGGCACCGGGCGCUGCCCUGACCCCGCGCGGGGGGAAACGGGGGCUGGGGGGGGCAGAGCCCACCCUAAACCCUCAAAUUUCACCCCAAAUCUCUUCAUUCCACCCCAAACCCUCCGAGCCCACCCAAAACCCCUCAAAUUUCACCCAAAAUCCUCAAAUCCUACCCUAAAUCCUUCAAAUCCCACCCUAAAUCCUUCAAAUCCCA